AUGGCAUCAGCAGCAUACAACCAACCCAACCACCAAACCCAGACCCAAACCUCCAAAAACACAACCAACUCCACACCCUACACCACACCAACACAGCAGCCUUCACCCGAACAACAGAUCCCCAACCCCACAUCACACAGCCCCAAACAGAAACAUCUAAAAGCCAACAAAACCACCAACCACAAACCCACGACACAACCUCGGGCCACACCACCCAAACGACACAACACCAACACAACCACCACACGACAUCACCACACACUCACAUCCCACCACUCCCACGACACCAACUACCACAACAAACACCACUACACCCACACCCACACCCACAUCAAGAACAUCGCAAAACACCCUCACACCGCUCCCCAAACAAUCGUCUCCAUAAAAAAUCAACACACCAAUACGCCACAUCCCAUGCCCAACAACCCACCCCCCAACCCACAAAACAACAUCACUACUCCCCCACCCACCAACACCACAGCAACACACACACCAACACCACAACACAAACACACCCCCCAACAACACCACACCACAACCCCACCACCCCACAUCACCCCCCACACCAACCACCGAAUCACACCAACACACCCCCCCACCACCCCCCACUCACCAACCCCAAAAACCCCUACCCCACCUCAAGACGCACACCUGACCUCAAUACCAAAACACACACAUCGCUCGGUCCUCUCCGCAGUAGCAACAACCGCCACGCACACACCCAACACCACCCACACAAACACACACAAAAUCAACCCACAGCAACACACCCCCCCACUGACACACCUCCUACUCACCCCCAAUAAAAAAAAACGCAACAACCCCCAAAACCACAACAACACCACCCAAUCGCACCAACAGACAGCGCCCCCACCAUCAACCACGCCACACCCCACACCCACUACUCCAACCACAAGUCCACACCGCAACCAACCCAACCACUACUCUUCCCCGCAUUAUCAUGGCCGGCCCCCCCAUCACACGAUCCCUAUACCCGAUAAAACAAGUCAAGAGUUCACAGCCUGUUCAGCACGCUGCUAUUCUAGCAGACAACCGAAACCAGUUUCAACUAUUAUGUACCAACUAAAGUUUACUACAAUACUUAUGUUAUUAUAUCAAAUAGGUUAG